AUGAACAAGACUUCACGCACCGAGGAGCCGUACGAGCAAGACACGCGCGGCUUCAACCAAAACCCUGCCUCGCUGUCUGCCGACCUGACCACCAAUCAAGAUCUCAAUGGCAUUGUCAAUGAGCGGGAGCAAGCAUCGGACAAGCGCAGUCCCUCCCCGUCCGAACCGCCAAUACAACAUGGCAUACAGCAUGAGCCAACUCUCAGGAAGCCCUCCAAGACCUUGGCGGGAACCAAGCAGGCUGGCGAGGUCGCCGCAGUCAGCCUGCUCGAUGGGAGGGACACGGCCCAGCCCGCCAGCUACAUGUCCAUCCCGAUACCGCCUCCUCCUCGCGGCAGGGAGGGAGGCGACGGAGAGGGCGGUCCUCCCAACUGGAGACACCAGCUCAAGAAGGUCGUCGUCAAAUUCGGCUCCUUUGUCGGUCCUGGGUUUAUGAUUUCCGUUGCUUACAUUGACCCAGGAAACUACUCUACCGGUGUGGCGGCCGGGGCUACAUUCGAGUACAGACUUCUGUUUGUCGUUCUCAUGGCCAACCUCUUUGCCAUCUUUCUCCAGACACUGUGCAUCAAGCUGGGCACGGUCUCAGGACUCAAUCUUGCCCAGUGCUGCCGCCUUUUUCUCCCUCCAUGGAUGAACUACAUCUUGUACUUCUUUGCGGAGGCUGCCAUUAUCGCGACCGAUAUCGCCGAGGUCAUCGGAUUUGCCAUUGGUUUAAACCUCCUGAUACCGGCGAUACCCCUCGUUGCCGGGUGUGCCAUUUCCAUUGUCGACGUCAUGCUUCUACUUCUAUUCUACAACCCGCACGGGACGAUGAGAGGUCUGAGGUUGUUUGAGCUUUUCAUCACGUUCCUUGUACUGGGCGUCGUCGUCUGCUUUUGCAUCCAGCUCUCCCUUAUCAAGCACAGCAGCAUCGGGACCGUCUUCCGUGGAUUUCUGCCGUCUGACGCCAUCCGUCAGUCGGAAGGAUUGUACCAGGCCUGCGGAAUUCUUGGUGCGACCGUCAUGCCACACAGCUUAUAUCUCGGCUCCGGUAUCGUCCAGCCACGCCUGAGAGAGUACGAUGAGAGCCACGGUCUUGCUCCCGGGACUCGCGACAACAUAGACGACUCAAGCGAAGACGGCAAAGACUACUACAUUCCGUCGCCCCAGGCUAUCAAGCACUGCUACCGCUUCUCCGCCAUUGAGCUAGCAAUUUCGCUCUUCACAUUUGCCCUCUUUGUCAACUCGGCCAUUGUCAUCGUAUCCGGCGCCUCCCUUUUCGACAAUCCGGCCGCUCCGGAAGCCGACAUCUUCGGCAUCCACGACCUUCUAUCGCGAUCCAUCUCCCCAGCUGCCGGUACCAUCUUUGCCCUGUCUCUCCUGCUGUCUGGUGUGUCCGCCGGCAUCGUGUGCACAAUCUCGGGGCAGAUGGUCUCCGAGGGGGCGCUGCGCUGGAAGGUCCGCCCAUGGCUCCGUCGACUCAUCACCCGCAGCAUCAGCAUCAUCCCCAGCGUCGUCAUCGCUGCCGCCGUGGGCCGCUCAGGCCUCAACGAUGCGCUCAAUGCGUCACAGGUUGUGCUCAGCAUCGUGCUUCCGUUUGUGACCGCGCCGCUCAUUUACUUCACUUCCCGUGUUAGGUACAUGACCAUCGCUCCUGGCUCGGAUAGAGCAGGCGGCGUCGCCACAACGAGUGAGGCUGGUGGCGCUCGGGAGGUGGGAAGCACCUCCAUGGAAAAUUCUUGGUAUACAACCACGUUCGGUAUCUUGCUUUGGAUCACCAUGGCGGUGCUGAACGUUGCCAAUCUGGUCUUGCUCGGUCUCGGCAAGUAG